CCCGAAGCGGCCGGCUCUGCCGCGCUGCCUCGGGGCCCCGAGUACAGCUGCACCCGGUGGGUGGCCAGGUGAGGUGCCCAUCUCCUGCGCGCAGGGCUGGCGCUGGCGUCCCAGCCCGCCUCCUCACCCGGGAGGGAAACAAAGGCGGCAGGAGCGGCGGGGAGAGUUGCUGCAAGUUUAGCUCCUCUCGGUCGUGACUCGCAGAGAUAAACGGCAGUUCAGAGGUGCGCGCAGUUAAUCAACGCUACGACUGCCUUACAAAGUGUGCAACCCGCAGAUCAUUAGGUUAAAUGGAGGACAUUCGUGUCCUUCCAGAAUCAAUGCAAUUAUUGUUGGUAACAAGGACAACCAUCGGCGUGGCAGCACUAAUUUUACUAACCUGUUAUUAAUUACGGUGUCCCCCACGCCCCAGACGCCGUUUAUAACCCGCGGAACCAAGCGGGUGCUGGCUGCUUCUGGUUUAAAACGGGAAAAGUUGGAAGCGGAGUGCCUGGCCGCCUUGGAAAGUGUUAACCGGUGGGGCAGCGUGCGGCCGGCGGAGCUGCUCGCGCGCACGUCACUCUGGUGCAGCGCAGGGGUAGCGAGGCGUUGGUGCCGGGGGACCGGCUGCUCCGCACCGCUCCGCACCGGUGCCGCGCACCCGGACAUGCCCACCGCGGCCCCCUGGAACCCCCGCCACGGCAGCCGGCGCGGGCGGGAGGAGAGGAGCUCUGCCAUGGCACCGCCAGCGCGACGAGGCUUUAGCUGGAGCCUGGCGUGAUCGCAGAUAGUCAUCAAUCACCCUCAAUCGAGCUGUCAGUGUGGGCAGAUUCGUUUCUGGGAGGCAGUCUUCCAGCUGGGGAGAAGAAGAGAACAUCAUCAUUAAUUAGAGUGUGACCCUGGGGCUAUUCACAUGUCUGAACCCAGGAAUCUCUCUGAGCAAGUCUGCACACCAACGGAGCAGCAUGCAACUGCACCAGCAGCCCGGCUUCAGCCUCGGAGCUGACUCCGGAGCUUCCUCCACCCGCCCGACUGCUGCCUACUCUCCCUGGCCCGGAGGUAGCUAGCCGUUGGGGGGAGAUUCUGGGGCCGCCGGACGGUGGAGAUGGCCGAAGGGCCCCAGCGUCUUCCUCCGACGGCCGCUACACGGAGCCUGCCCCGCUCCGGGUGGGAUGCUGCCUGCCUAAGGAAGGGGCUUCUUCAACCCCCAAAGUAUAGGAAAACUGCUGGCAGCGGCGGUGUGUGUUGGGAAAGAGAAGAGGGUGAUGGAGGUGAAACCCCUUUUUCAGCCCUUCUUUCUCUCGGGGAAUCCCGGGGAAGUACCGAACCACCAAGGAAGAGGUGGAUGCUCUUGGGUGAGAGACAACACUUGGCACCUUUGAGGUGUACUUCUUUCUCCCUCGACUCUCCCUCUCCUCAGUCCAGCUGUGCGCACCUCUGAGCCUAGGCAGGCUGGCUAGGGCCCUCGCCCCGCCAAAGGUUGGCUUUUCCAGCAGAGCUUUGCGAUGGGAUCAAAGCAGUUCUAACGUGAAAAGUCACGUCCCUUUCAAUCAUUCCCCGGAAUACGCUUGUAGGGUUUCCUACCUGUAAUCACACGUCGGGAAUAAAAGCCGAAAAGCAAAGCAAGGAUUGCCAUGUCAUGUGCUUUAUUGUCAGCGGUAGUGCUAAUUUUAACUGUUGAUUAAAUCUUAAAUGAAGACUCAGUCGUGUGUCCCUUCAUAUGUCUUGUUUAUAAUUGAGACUAAUUAUUACUGUGGGGUGGGAAGAAGCAGCUGCUCAUUAAUUAAUUUCUAAUUAAAAGUGCUUACCAGCCCUUCAAUGACUAAGGAGGGUGGGGGAAAUCUUAGGUAAUACAACAUUGAUCCUUCAGAUUAAACCCAGUCUUUCACUUCCCCGCAGAAAUCCAUGGAGAUGCUGAAGGCAGCCUGUGCCGGACAGCUUUCCAAACUUUCGCCCCUGUUAGGAAAGGUUUUGGUCCUGUUAAGAGGGAUGACGAGAUUCUUUUCCAUGCCAGGGGGAAGGGUCCCGAAAAUGAAUGUUAAACUUCCAGGCAGGUUAAUCUGAAUAGGUUUUGCGUGACGUCAGAGGCUCGGCUCUUUUAAAACAACGUGCUUCUUAACUGAUGUAUUUUUAUCGCUUUUGUCUCCCCCCCCUUCCCUCUUUUAUUUUUCCGUGGGUGCAAACUAUGUAUUUCUGCAGUCAUGUUUGACGGACCCCACGAGUAACAAUAAUUUUUGUUUCGUAGGUGUAGAGGGGAAGGUGCUAAAAUCACUGUGCAUCUUUUUUAUUGUUAAUUUUCCCCCUUCGGUUAAAAAAAAAAAAAAGAAAAGAAAAAGUUUAACAUUUCUUGUAAAUAAAUUAAAUGUGGUUUUCUGCUUCGUCCUAUAAGCAUCUAGGGACCUGUGGUUACCAAUCAAUUGGUACAACAGAGCAGAGCCAGGCUGCAAUAGCGUGCAGAUCAGACGUCUCGCCUUGUUUCUAGAUAACCGGGAGCCUCUGUACCAUGUCAUAUCCUCAGUUUGGCUAUCCUUACUCCUCUGCACCCCAGUUCCUGAUGAGCACCAAUUCCCUGACGACGUGCUGCGAGUCCAGCGGCCGGACGCUGGCCGAAAGCGGGGCGGCGGCCCCCGCCCAGGCUCCAGUGUACUGCCCGGUUUACGAGAGCCGCCUCCUCGCCACCGCCCGGCACGAACUCAGCUCCGCCGCCGCCCUGGGGGUCUACGGCGGCCCCUACGCCGGGCCCCAGGGAUAUGGAAACUACGUGACCUACGGCACCGAGGCUCCCGCCUUCUACUCCUUGAACAGUUUGGAGACGAAGGACGGGAGCGGGUCUGCGCAUGCGGGCAUCGCCCCGGCUGCUGCCUACUACCCCUACGAUCACACCCUCAGCCAGUACCAGUACGACAGGUACGGCACGAUGGACGGCGGGACGCGGCGGAAGAACGCCACCCGGGAGACAACCAGCACGCUGAAGGCCUGGCUGCAGGAGCACCGCAAGAACCCCUACCCCACCAAGGGCGAGAAGAUCAUGCUGGCCAUCAUCACGAAGAUGACCCUCACCCAGGUCUCCACCUGGUUCGCCAACGCCCGCCGGCGGCUCAAGAAAGAGAACAAGAUGACUUGGCCCCCGCGGAACAAGUGUUCGGACGAGAAGCGGCCCUACGACGAAGAGGAGGAGGAAGAGGAAGAGGGCUCUCAGCAAGAGGCGAUGAAGAGCGGGAAAGCCGAGGAGCCCACGGGCAAGGAGGAGAAGGAGCUGGAGCUCAGCGACCUGGAGGACCUGGACGCCGCCGAGUCGGAGAGCUCUGAGUGCGAGCUGAGGCGGCCCUUUCCGCACCCGCUCCCGCACCCGCUCCCUGGCGGCAGCCACCCGCCGCGGCCCGCAGAGGCCCCCGCCAAGAUGCCGCAGCCGCCGGCUGCCGCCGGGGAGGAAGAGGAGGAAGAAGAGGCGGCAGCGGGGCGGGCGCGGAGCUGCCUGAAGCCGGCGGCGGAAGAGUGCGGCCCCGACCCGCUCGGUGCUAGGCAGCGCGGCUGCGAGUCCAAAAUGUGCUUCCAGCAGGGGCAGCAGCUGCUGGAGGCGAAGCCCAGGAUUUGGUCCCUGGCGCACACCGCCACCUCCCUCAACCAGGCCGAGUACUCCUCCUGCAUGCUGAAGCGGCCCGGGGGCUCUGGCACCGCCGCCGCGGUCUCCGCCCCGGUCAGUGUCAUCGAUAGGCACCAGGAUUCGCCGGUCACCAACCUCAGGAACUGGGUGGAUGGGGUGUUUCACGACCCUCUGUUCAGGCACAGUACUUUGAACCAAGCCCUGAGCAACACGACAGUAUCCUGGGCCACCACCAAAGGAGCCAUCCUGGAAACAGGCGCCUUGGGACGCGCGGUGGGGAACGGCGCCAAUGUGCUCAAGGGGCAGCUCUCAAACCUGGCCCACCAUGACUCAAACAAAGAGUUUCUGGCCUUUCCCAAAUCAGGAAGCAAAAUGUUUUGUUCCUAACAAGCCCGCCGAGGGCCGGAGGACUUUGGAGCGCUUGAAGAGUCAGCUACACUGAAAUGAGACUUGCGAGAGUUUAAAUUUAAAUAUAAAAGUUGUUUUCUUCUUUAUUUUAUUUUUUUUUUAACCGAGGAUUUAAAGUUCAGUUUGCUCAGUUCAACGGACAGACUUUGGUCAUUGCUGUUCUGAAGAAUUUCUCCUGGCUGCGACUUUAAGGGAUCAAUGUCGUGAAAGUAAUUUAAUUCCAUGUCCAAAAAGCACGUGCUAUAGCGUAGACCUACUUUUAAAAAGUUUACAUCCGAAAGUUUACAAACGGGAAAUUUUAAUUCGGAUUUAAUUUAAGGCAUGCCGACAUUAGUUAUAAAGACUUUCCGAGAGUUUUUCCUCCUGAUUUCCUUGUUAGCAUAUAAUUCACAAAGCACUUCUACUAAGUUUACACCUACUGCACAAAUUUAUCUUGAGAAAAGAAAAAAAAAUAUGUUAAAAGGUAUGUUCACUCCAAUAAAUUGUCUGUUUCAGAGGUAAC